AAUACAUAUAUAUUCGUUUCUUAAUUUUUUUUGUAAUGGUAUACGUGUUAUCUCUCUAAUCUCUAUCUCUUUUUUUUUUUCGAAAGAGAAAGAAGAGUAGAGAAUUAAAAAAAAAAAGAUGCCUUCUUCCCUUCAACUGCAUCGAAUUAAUCCAACCACUGCCACACUAGCGGUUAAACAACCGCAACUAUCACAGGCUACAACAUGGUUCAGUCCGGUUUCCACUUCUGUCCCUGAUAACGUAUUGCAUCACCACACCCAUGUUGUGGGUCCCAACCAGUGCUGCUCCGCGGUGUUGCAGUCCAUUUCCGCCCCAAUCGACACCGUCUGGUCCCUCGUCCGCCGAUUCGAUAAUCCGCAAGCGUACAAACACUUUCUCAAGAGCUGCCACGUCAUCGUCGGUGACGGUGACGUCGGUACGCUUAGGGAAGUCCGGGUUGUAUCCGGACUACCCGCGGGUUCUAGUACGGAGAGGCUGGAGAUUUUGGAUGACGAGAAACACGUGUUGAGUUUUAGCGUUGUGGGAGGAGAUCAUCGGCUGAAUAAUUACCGAUCGGUGACGACGCUGCACCGGGCGGCGGAAGAAGGAUCGACGGUGGUGGUAGAGUCGUAUGUAGUGGAUGUACCACAAGGGAAUACGAAGGAAGAAACAUGUGUAUUUGUGGAUACGAUUGUGCGGUGCAAUUUGCAGUCGCUGGCCCAAAUCGCACAGAACUUGGCUAAGACGUCAAAGAAUCAUGAUGAAGACCCACAACUGAAAAUUCAUAGAUUGGUAGAUUUCGUGGACUGUAAGGUUGGUUCUUGUAAAUGUUUAAACGUGUUACUAUGGUAUAUAAUGGUGUGCUGUGUAUUUUGUAUAACUACUAAUCACUUUGUCACCAUCACAUAUAUUCUUCUCAAUAUAUUCAAAGUAUUAACAGUCAAAGAUAUUUUUCUUUCAUCCUAAUCUUUUCAGUUUGUUAA